AUGGAGAGAAUGAUUAUAAAUCGCAUGUAUUGGCUCAUUGAGUCCCCUACUUUAGACACGCCAUUACUUCCUGACAAUCAAUUUGGCUUCAGAAAGUUUCGUUCCUGUCAGGAUAAUUUGACCGCUCUUGUUGCUGGUAUUCAUGCAGGCUUCUUGGUUAAGCAGGACACUGUAGCGGUAUUUGUUGACAUAAAAUCGGCCUUUGAUAACGUUCUCCCUCACGUUCUCCUUCAGGAUCUUUGCAAACUGGACUUUCCCCCUCGCUUGCUUUCUUUCAUAUCUAACUUUAUUUCCCACCGUUCAGUGCAAUUUGUUAGCCAAGGUUCUAUCUCCGAGCCAAGAUCGGCGCUGAAAGGCACCCCGCAGGGCUCUGUCCUCAGCCCGACGCUUUUCAAUCUCUACCUCAGAAACGUCAAUGAGGUACUUGACUCUGACACCGAGCUUCUGCAAUUUGCCGAUGACAUUGUCAUCUUUUCCUCGCUUAAGGAUACCGAAGCCGCAAUCAAUUCGAACCAACUCAUUUUACCAUCUCCUACGGUUCGCUUCCUGGGCGUAUUGCUCGACCCCAAGCUGUCGGGUAAACCACACAUGUCAUACAUCAUCAAUAAAGGCAAACGCAUACUUCAGAUUAUCCAGGCUCUCAGAGGAACCUGGCGGAGAGCUCAUCCUCACAUGCUUCUCACUAUAUAUAGAGCUAUGCUACGAGCAUCUAUCGAAUACUCGGCUCUAAUCUUUGGGCUCAAACAUAACAAUCUAUCCCGUGCGCUUCAAAUCAUCCAAAAUCAGGCUCUUCGUCUUUGCUUCGGUUACCGCAUAUCCACUCCUUUGAACGUCAUCUUCGCUGAGUCGGGUGAACUCACACUCACCCAUAGAUUCCGGCUACUUGCUUUGCACUAUUUCCUUAAAAUAUCUUCGGUACAACAACACAUCACUGUCGAUAAGUUGCAUCAACUUUGCGACCUGGCUGAAUUUCGAGAUCUCACAUCUGACUCAACUCUUUUCUAUACCGACGGGUCUAAGGUGGAUCAUAGCACGCACGUGGGGGCGGCGGUUUUCGCCCCACAGUUGCAAUGGGAGCUUAUGCUUAAACUUCCACCGUAUGCCUCCGUUUUCUCGGCGGAGGCAUAUGCGAUCUACACCGCUAUCACGCUGGCCAUCGAUCGCAAACUACCAAAGGCAAUUAUUAUUACGGACUCUAAAAGCGUCCUUGAGGCGGUCAAAAGCUUUCGCAACCCAACAAAUAACUACCUCAUUCCGCUUAUCCGAUCUGUGUUAGUGAAAGCUGAAUCUAAGGGUACAGAAAUUAACUUCAUCUGGAUACCCUCCCAUAGGGGGAUCUCCGGAAACGAAAAAGCUGAUCAAUUAGCCAAACGUGCAAUUCGCCAAGGUAUUGAACGCAACUUUAAAGUACCAUACUCCGAUCUAUGCGCGGUCACUAAGCAAGAAAUCUCUGAUAACUUUUACCUAUAUCUAGAAUCUCAAGCAGAUAUUAAGGGCUCCUUUUACUUCACUAAUAUUUUCAAAAGGUCCGCCAAGCCUUGGUAUUUUCGUAUGAACAUUCCUAGAGAGAGCAUUGUCAUGAUCAACCGCUUGCGUUCCGACCAUUACAAUCUAAAUUACAGCCUCCACCGGAAAAAUUUAAUCGAUGAUCCUUCCUGUCCCUGUGGGUCACCACAACAAGACAUGAUUCAUAUGAUAUACGAGUGUCCAGAAUCCAGGGGCUUAUAA